AGGAGCUCAGUGUCAACUCAAGCGCCUUCUACUUCUUCGCCUUCAUCUCUGACGAUCAUCAUGUUCUCCUACCUCGCCGUCCUCGCCGUCGCGCUUGUCCCCGCUCUUGCGGCGCCCCUCGACGGCUUCGUGGCUCGUCAGACUCCCGCGGGAACUACCCUUCACCCCAACGGCGACCUCACUCGCUGCCUCUCGGCGGCGACUAGCGUUGUCGCUGGCGAGCCAGGUGCACGUAUCACCAUCGACGCAUGCGACGGUGCUAGUCCCCAGACUUGGGUCAUUAACAACGGCGAGACCACCGUCAAGUACACCGGCGCGAACUCCUGCGUCACUGCCGGAGGACUCUCCGACGGUGCCCGCCUCUACCUCGAGGCUUGCAUUCCCGACCAGGUCACCCAGACGUUCUACUACACCAACGACUUGCGCAUCGCGGUCGAGAACCAAGGCCUCUGCGUCGAUCUCCCGAGCGGUGACAAAACCCCCGGGAAUGCCCUUCAGGUCUGGACGUGCACGGACAACAACACGAACCAGAUCUGGAGCACGUAAAGGGCUUUUAAGCUGUGUAAAGGGAUUCACAUCAGUCCUGGUGUUUUACCGUAUUGGGGAAUAUCAGGGAAUGGCCUUGUGUAAUUUUUGUGUAGCAGAUUUGCGAAUGGACUUCUGUGGCUGAAUAUAAUUGUGGCAACGUACUUCCUCCGGCGUGUGUGCUGUGCAAUGGCUUCCCGAGCUUCUAAGAUGCACUCAAUGGCGACCAUAAAUGC